CUUGUGAAGAAGAGGCGCUUUGAGGUAAAAGCCAACAUGACCGUGUACUCAAAAUGACAGGAAACGAGAGAACCCUGCCCAUCAGCCCGCUGCUGCUGCUGUAAACUAUUGACAUGUCUCCUCCGUGACAUUUACCAGUGAACACUGAAAACGGAAAUCUCUACGAGGGCUCGGCUCCAGCACAUCCUCCUUCAUAUCAGCGGAACUCGGCUGCAUCCGCCCGGUGACCUACAGAGAACCGUGCCGUGGAGAUGGAGAAACAGAUUGGAGCCGGGGCCGGGCCUGCAGACGGAGCGGGGCCUAACAGAAAGCCCAGGGCUCCGGGGACAGGCGGAUCUACCAACGGUGACACUCUGGACAGUCCCACAGGGUCCCAUGUGGAGUGGUGCAAGCAGCUCAUCGCAGCCACUCUCACCAGUCAGAUCUCCAGUGUGGCCCCUUCAGACCCAAACCGAGAGAACAGAGUAGGAAGACGACCGGACUGGUUGGUCUCCAAGAGGUUCCCACACAGGAACCUUCCUGUGUUGAGGUACGGGGCACAGCUCAAAAUGUCCCAGAACCAGGUCCCUCUGCUGCCAGGAGAGAACAUCCACGUCACAGUCAAGGAUGUGAUGUACAUUUGUCCGUUCAGUGGGUUGGUGAAUGGGACUCUGACUAUCACGGACUACAAGCUGUACUUCAGUGGUCUGGAACGAGAAACUCCUUUUAUUCUUGACGUGAAUCUUGGUGCCAUUAGUCGACUAGAAACCAUCAGUGUUCCUAACCAAGGAGAGAACACCAAAGGCCUAGAAUUGGUCUGCAAGGACAUGAGGAGUCCCAGGUUUGCCUAUAAAACAGAAGAGAACCAUCCUGAUGUAGUGAAGGUCCUCUCCCAAUAUGCCUACCCUCUCUCCAACAGCCUGACCCUGUUUGCAUUCCUCUACAAGGAGCAGUUUCCUGUGGACGGGUGGAAGGUCUAUGAUGCAACAGUGGAGUAUAGACGACAGGGCUUGCCGAACGAGAGCUGGACCAUCAGUAAGAUCAACAGUAGUUAUGAGCUGUGCGACACUUACCCCUCCAUCCUGGUUAUCCCCACCAAUAUCUCAGACGAAGACAUCAGACGAGUUGCUCUGUUCAGAGCCAAGCACCGCAUACCAGUGUUGUCAUGGAUCCACCCGGAGACCCAGGCCACUAUUGUGCGCUGCAGCCAGCCCCUUGUGGGCCCUUCAGACCGCCGCUGUAAAGAGGACGAGCGCUUCCUCCAGAUCAUCAUGGAUGCCAAUGCCCAGUCUCACAAACUCACUGUGUUUGACGCCCGCCAGAGCAGUGUGGCAGACACCAACAAGGCUAAAGAUGGCGGCUAUGAGAGUGAGAGUUUCUACACAAACGUGGAUCUGAACUUCCUUGAAAUCCCCAACAUCCACGUGAUGCGGGAGUCUCUUAGGAAAGUGAAGGAUGUCGUGUAUCCCACCAUAGACGAGGCCCACUGGCAUUCAGCCAUCGACCAGACCCACUGGCUGGAAUAUAUUAAGCUGUUACUGGCUGGAGCGGUAAAGGUGGCUGAUAAGCUGGAGUCAGGGAAGACUUCUGUGGUGGUGCACUGCAGUGACGGCUGGGACCGCACCUCUCAGCUUACCUCUCUGGCCAUGCUCAUGUUGGACAGCCACUACCGCACCAUACAGGGUUUCCAGGUUUUAGUGGAAAAAGAGUGGAUCAGUUUUGGACAUAAAUUUUCUUCUCGUGUUGGUCAUGGAGAAGACAAUCACUCCAGCUCUGAGCGCUCUCCUCUCUUUGUUCAAUUCAUAGACUGUGUUUGGCAGAUGACUCGACAGUUCCCAGCAGCCUUUGAGUUUAAUGAGCUGUUCCUGAUCACGGUGCUGGACCAUUUGUACAGCUGUCUGUUUGGGACGUUCCUCUACAACAGUGAACAGGAGAGGACAGCCCAGGAAGUCCAGAGUAAGACCAUCUCUCUGUGGUCCUACAUUAACAGCCAACCGGAGGACUUCACAAACCCCUUCUUUGUGGACUAUGAGCACCAUGUUCUGUAUCCGCUGGUGUCAUCCAGACAUCUAGAGCUGUGGACAGGAUACUACGCCCGCUGGAACCCCCGCAUGAGGCCACAGGUUCCAGUACACCAGACCCUAAAGGAACUGCUUUUUGUGCGGGCUGAGCUGCAGAAACGCCUGGAGGAGCUGCAGAAGGAGGCUGCCUCUCACUCCCUGCCCUCCUCCACAGAGCACUCUCCCUCACACCCCGGGACUCCCCUCCAUUCCGCUGUGUGACUCCCAACCACAUGCCUGCACUCUUCCUCGCACCCCAGGACACCCCCUGAACUCUGCUGUCUCACACCCACCCCCAGCCAUCGCACACUGGGAACAGACUACGCACCUAAUGGUGUAAUGAACACCUUCCCAGAUAAAAUGCAGUGUGUUGAAACAAGAAGUACUAGACUGGGGAGGCCCUUGCGACACCUUUCCUAAGGCAUAACGUCAGUAUUUUGAGUAGUUUUAUAUUGUAGUAUUUAUUUGAACGUUCACUUGAUGUAUUUUUAGUUAUAUUAAAUGGCAUUUUUAGACACAUUGUUCUUUAAUGAAUUAAAACCUAUACAUAAAGUCAAAACUACCUGCUACUAAUCUGAGAACUAUUAGAACAUGGGUAUGUUGUGUUUCAAGUUGGCUGUUCUGAACUUUUCUGACAGCAACAUUUGUCCUAGGCUUUAAAUUUUCUCCUGACAGCCAUGACCAGGUCAAAAUACUGAGGGACAUUGUGACUGUUUUAGGUAAAAUACAUUGUUAGGGAUACUGUAAUGCUCACAUACUGUAUGAUUGUAUUUAUUUAUUAUUUUAAAUAUGCAUUUUGUUGUAUCAUUGUGCAUUUUCAUUUGAAAAGCUUAAUUGAAUAUGGAAAGUUGAAAAUUUGUGCCAUAAAUGUUCAUAUUGACACUGUUUACAUACAACAUAAGCAUUUUAAACCUGUCUGCCUGGAACAUUAAUGGAUUAUGAGUAAUCUGUAUAGACAUUCACAAUAAUCUACAAUAUGAUCACACCUACACAUGUUGUUGACCUUGCAUUGAAUUUUCAUAUCUAACGUUCAUCUUAAAACAGCCAAGGUAUUGUGUAAUAACUAUGUGAUAAAGUUAUACUGAUGUUGCAUAGUUGUAUGAAGAAGCAGACGCAUCCAUUACUUUUAAAGAUAUUGUUUACACAGCUACGUCAUGGCCGCGUUCACACAACAUCAAGAAGUGCCCCAUUCUUACUGUAGACUUUAAUGAUUGGUUUGCUCAUGGCAAUAAUGUUGCAUUACUGUAGUGGUCUGCUCCUAUAGGCAUCAACAAACUUGUAGCGCAGAACACUUAAGAGUGUGAGCCAAUGUGAGCAUACUUGUUUUUUUUUUAAAAUAUUACUUUUAUUUUACAAUACAAGCCAUACAAACUUCUGACAUUCCACCUUUAAACAAUAAACACUGAAAGACUGAG